AUGGAUGCUAUGGCAGUGACCAUACUGGUGGAAUGGAUAGCGUCUUGCGUGCGUCUGCUCCUGGCAAAGUCUUGGCUGGGUGUUGCGGCGGAAGAAGACUGGCCCCACCUAGAGGCUGGUUCGGGAGAGAUCUCAGAAGAGGACGUUGGUUGUGUUACUCUGCCUUGGGCGCCGACCGUAGUGAGUUUCCUUAAUACGGUGGACCCAGCAAAGGAUUGGACAAGAGAUAUGGUGGAGUUUGUGUACUGUUAUUGGUCGCAGAAGUUCGACGAUGACGAGCGGAUGCCGAUCAAAGUGGGUGAUUUCCUUAGCCUCACCGCGGCCGAUCUGGGUCUGAGCAAACACAGGACGAUGGACAGAUGGUAG